AUGCCGCACUUCCACAAACACUUUGGUUUCAGCGAGGAAGCGGUGGCUGAGCUCAUCAGGGCGGCCGAUCACAUCGUCGGGCCGCGGCCCGGCGGCGGUGGUUCCCUAUUCGGCGGCGGCGGUGGUUCCCUCUUCGGCGGCCUGGGCCAGCCCCAGCAAGGUGGUGGCGGGCAGGUCAUUGAUCUCAUGUCGCUCAUCUCCCAAGCGCAAGCCCAGGCUUCCGCACCCACCCCAUUAAACACGGAGGAUCCAGUAGCGCGGGUCUAUGACUCCGAGCAGCUGCAGCAGGAGUACGUGUUGGCCCAGACGGUGCUGGAGCGAGCCCAGGCCUUCGAGCUGGGCGACGACGACAACCACCAUGACGACGAUCAUCAUCAGUGGCUGGGCCGCUCGCCCGUGCCCCUCAUCUACGACCGCAAGAUGAGCUUCAACAUCAACGUGACCAACUCCAAUUUCGGCGAUCACAUCGUAAGCGGCCCGGGCGGUCAGCCGUGGUUCCAAGUGGUGCGCUUGAACCGGACCUUGUUAAGCUUCGAGCCGGCACAGUUCGGUAUCUUCACCAUGCGGGGUGAGCAGCUCAUGCAGUUUGUGGUGGCAAAUCGCUCGCCGUGUUCGUGCGAUCUCUACCACGUGGUGAGCCCGAUCGCAGAGGACUCGGCGAGUGCUGCGCCACCCCCGCAGCUGACGGCCCUGUGCCGUAUCUCGCGAGGUCUGAUGACCAUCAACGACAUCUCCGCGCACACCGUGGAAACAGUGGAUGGAACUGUCAUCGCCCACCAGGCGACCCACAGCGGCAGCGUGUUUUCAUUGAAUGGGAUACCGGCGGUGGCAUCCGACAGAGGCUUCGUGCUCAUCAACCACUUCGGCAACGUGGUAAUGGAGGUGGAGGCGGGACACGAUGUACUCCUCUUCGUGGCGCUGGUCGUCUGCGUGGAGAAGAUGCACGCCAAGCAGAAGGCGAACGAGGCCGCUACGCGACGUCACUAA